AACGAACGUUACGCCGGGGCGGCGAUCUGAAGCAAAAACAUCAUAGGUGGGAGGCACGGAAACGACGCAUUGGAAGAAAGGCGAGGCCAAGGUGUACCUAGUCGCAGCAGCACAGGUAGCUAGCCAUCGUCAGAGCUUCGCAGUACUUUCCCCAUUCGGCGGCACAAGUUUCCCGUUUCAGCGACGCAUGUUUCCUUUUUUCCGUUUUUCUCUGCAGAGCAUUCUCGAUGUUUCGGCUCUCUAUCCUUGUACGGACAGGCCACGCCGAAUGGCGGUGGGGGAGUCCGCUUUCUUCACGCAUAUCACACACACAUACCCGCAUCAUCACAGGGCCGGGGCCGGGCCGGCCGCUCGCUCGCUCCUUUUUCCCUCGGGCAGCGGGAGACAGGGGCUGGCUGGGAUGGUGGGUAAUUGCUUUUCACGGCGGGUCGUUCUCUUUGGCUGGAUUAAAGCGGCGUGACGGACCGGGCAUUCGCCUCUGGUUGCCGCGCUCGGGCGAGCGUCCGUGGACCGUGUUCGUGCCGGCUGUUUGUUUUUGUUUUUGUUUUUGCUGGUUUUUUUUUGCUUUUUGGUGCCACUGCCGGGGACGCUGCCUGCUUGCUUCGGGAUUUUUGGGGGCGUGGGGGCCGGUCUGUGUCUGCGUGGGCUGUGCGGUGAGGUGCGGUGAGGUGCGGUGAGGUGCGGUGCUGCGCGUCUGACUGCAGCGUGCGUGCAGAAGCCACGACAGCUGCGAUGGGAGGCCGUUGCUAACUAGGUAACUUUUCUUUUUGGCU